AUGGUGACCACCAAUAUUUAUGAGAGUCGUCAAGGGGAGUACCGGGCAGGAACCAUUUCCAUGACGGCUCUGGGUGUGGUUUUUGUCAUUCUGCGUUUUUUGGCUCGAUGGAAGAAAGGCCUCAGGAUUGGCGCUGAUGAUUAUGUGAUUCUGCUUUCGUUAUUAUUCCUGUUCGCGACCUGCGCCCUUAACUUGGCGAUGAUUCACUAUGGCAUGGGUCGACACGCAGACAUAUUACCCGAUGGAAACAUUGUGAUAAUAGCCAAGCUGCUCAUGUCUUUCGAAUGCGUAUACUGUACGACAGUAGGAAUCAUCAAGAUCUCCAUCCUGCUCAUGUAUGCUCGCAUCUUCCCCACGAGAGGCUUCCGCAUUGCCUCGAUUAUUCUGGGUAGCAUCGUCGUCGGGUGGGUCAUCGCAAUCAUCUGCGUGAGUGUGUUUCAGUGUAACCCGAUCGCACGGGCCUGGAAUACUGCGCUGCCGGGUACUUGCAUCAAUCUCAAGGGCUCGUUUAUCGGGAACGCAGUACCGAAUAUUUUGACGGAUAUCGCCAUCUUGGCUCUUCCGGUUCACGUUGUCUGGGGUCUGCAUGCAACCGUGACGCAUCGGCUAUCGGUCAUUGCCAUAUUUCUGCUGGGCAGUUUUGUCAUCUUCACUAGUGCCUAUCGCUUCUCCACACUCUUCGAAUUCGAACCCACGGACACUCCCUGGACUCUCGCCAAGGCCUGCACUUGGUGUCUCAUUGAGUGUUCCAGCGGCAUAAUAUCGGCCUGCAUGCCCACCCUGCGCCCCUUGUUCGUCAUGCUCUCCUCAAAGUUCGCAAGCUCGAUUAGUACCCGCACACGGACAACUGGGGUACAAGGCUCAGGCCUCAAGAGUUACGACGUGGGUGGCUCGGCCUUGCGUCCAUCGGGUGAGAUUCUGGGCAAACAAAAGGUGCAGUUGGAGGUUAGCCAGCCGGAUGAUGCGUCAGGGGAUGAGGUUCCCCUGAAUACCAUUCGGGUCCAGCGCGACGUGACGUGGCAGGAGACAAGCUAUGAUUCUUCGCGACGAUGGAAUUGA